GCUUAGGAGGCUCGUUAAGUGGUCUAGGCGGUGACUUAUCUGGUGGUCUCAGCCGUACGGGUGGUCUGAGCGGUUUGAAGGGAUACGGCGGUUUGGGUGAUGGUGCAUCAAGUGGUUUGGGCAGUCUUAGUGGCUCCUUAGGAGGCCUGGCUGAUCUUAGCGGAAGUCUUGGUGGCUUGAGUAGCGGUUUAGCAGGCAAUCUCGACGGUCUAGGUGGAAGCUCUUCGGGUAGUCUCGAAAGUAACUCAGACGGUAAUGACAGCAGUGAUUCUAGUACCAGCAGUGGGCCUAACAGCAGUAGCAGCAGCUCGGCUGGUGCACCAGGCGUAGUGGAAUACGAAAAGGAGUUCUACACAUACACUGCUGAUGACAAUGAUUUCGAUGAACCCGAAGCCAAUGAUCAAGCCAGCCGCUCAGCAAAGAAAAACAUUCGCGUUAUUUUCAUCAAGGGACCCGAAAACUAUGAUUUGGAGAAUGCUGCCAUCAAUUUGGCCAGACAAGCUUCGGAACAGAGAACGGCCAUUUAUGUGCUGCAGAAACAAACUUCUGUGAGUGAUUUAGCCAAGAAACUGCAGGAUUCACAUGAUGCCCAAAGUCAUCAGCCCGAGGUGCACUUUGUCAAGUACCGUACACCAGAAGAUGCGGCCAAUGCACAAAAGGUCAUUCAAGCUCAAUAUGAUCAAUUGGAUGGACCAUCGCAAGCGCAUGACGGUGGUGUAGCUCCAGUGCAUAACUUCGCAUCGCCUGCGGCGCACGGUGGUGCAUUAGGUUUUGAUGGCGGUGUGUCUGGCCCAGCAGGUGGUGUACCAGGUGGAAACGAACAAUUAGAUGGCCCUGAAAAGAGCGCACCAAGCGCAACGUAUUUGCCUUUAGCAAUCCUACGCAAACUUCGUUUUUAGAUUACUACCUCGAUCUUUGUUAUUGUGUUUCUUGUUAUGAGUUUUGUUCGAAUAAAAUAUUUAUGCUGUUACUUUAA